AGCCGCCGCUCCACCUCCGGACUCUCCUGCGGCUCGGCCCGGCCCGGGCCGCUCCCUCCCCGCCCCGGGUCUGGCGCGGGGCUCGGCGGGGCCGGCCGGGGAUGCCGCGGCGCGGCCCGCGCCAUGUGGUACAUCAUGCAGAGCAUUCAGAGCAAGUACUCGCUGUCCGAGCGCCUUAUCCGCACCAUCGCCGCCAUCCGCUCCUUCCCUCGGGACAACGUGGAGGAUCUCAUCGGCCGGGGCGCCGAUGUGAACUGCCUGCACGGCACUCUCAAACCCCUGCACUGUGCCUGCAUGGUGGCUGAUGCCGACUGCGUGGAGCUGCUGCUGCAAAAAGGAGCUGAGGUGAACGCCCUGGAUGGCUACAACCGGACAGCCCUUCACUACGCAGCAGAAAAAGAUGAAACCUGCGUGGAGAUUUUAUUGGAGUACGGAGCCAACCCCAACGCCCUGGACGGCAACAAGGACACGCCCCUGCACUGGGCGGCCUUCAAGAACAACGCCGAGUGCGUGCGGGCCCUGCUGGCCAACGGCGCCCUGGUCAACGCCCUGGACUACAACAACGACACCCCCCUGAGCUGGGCGGCCAUGAAGGGCAACCUGGAGAGCGUCAGCGUCCUGCUGGACUUCGGCGCCGAGGUGCGCGUGGUCAACCUGAAGGGCCAGAGCCCCAUCUCGCGCCUGGUGGCGCUGCUGGUGCGGGGCCUGGGCACGGAGCGGGAGGAUUCCUGCCUGGAUUUGCUGCACAGAGCCACGGGACACUUCGAGCUGCGCAAGAACGGGAGCCUGCCCUGGGAGGUGGCCCGCGACCCGCAGCUGUGCCAGCGGCUGACGCUGCUGUGCUCGGCGCCGGGCACGCUGCAGGCGCUGUCGCGCUACGCCGUGCGCCGCUCGCUCGGCCUGCGCUUCCUGCCCCAGGCCGUGCAGCAGCUGCCGCUGCCCGCCUGCCUCAAGGAGUACCUGCUGCUGCUCACCUGAGCCAGGGACAGCUGCCCUUCCCCUCCCCGGAGGAUCCCCGCUCACUUUGUCACUUCCCAGGUUCUUCUCCGUGGUUUUUUGUUCCCCUCGGCCACCCAGCACCCUGCUGGCCCCUCACGCUGCCUCCCUUUCCUCCCCUUGGCCCUUCCAUUUUGUCCCCUCCCUUUCUCCCCCUGUUCUGUCGCGCUCCCUCCAUUUCCUCCUUUCUGUUCCCUCUGCUUCUCUCCCUGUCCCCCCGUUUCACUCUCCUGCAAUGAACAAUAUCCCUCUGAUGGCAAAUUAUAUCCCAGCUGUUGGAUUGA